AUGGGGAAGAAGAGGAAGAACAAGCAGCGCAACAACAAGCAAGGAGGCGGAGGACAGUACUGGAAGCGUCCCCGUCGUGAAAAGUACUGGAUCGAAGACUGCCGAGACACCAAAGGAGUUGUUCCAAGUGAUGCUCGUCUGACACUGCUCAUCACAAGGAGCGAUCUCGAAGACGCCUUUCGCCACGCCAAGGCAAAGGAAAGAUCCAAAGACGAUCAAUCCCAUACCUCUGAUGGAAACCAAGAGAAUUUGUCUCUGAAAGUGAAAGAGGCUUCUGCUGUCCGCGAAGAAGACACAGAGAAGAAUGCAUGCAAGGAAGACACUGAUUCCAACACGUCUCAAAAGGAUAAAGAGACCAAUACAAACGAUACAAUAGCUGGACAGUCUCUCAAUUCUGCAUCUCAAGAUGAUCAAGAUGAAGCAUGCCAACAACUAAAAGAGCACCCAGCACCACAUUCUGUUCCUGAUGAACCUCCAAAGGAGACAACCGCGAGAAAUGAAGAAGAUCCAGCAACAAGCUUAGCUGGGCUCCAGGAUGUCACUGAUAAAUCCCAUUGUGAAGAGUCGCCCUUCCCUUCGAAUCCAGGAGGAAAUCCAAAGGACAACUUGGCAGGGAACGGGGAUGAGAGUGAUGAAUCUGAUACUUCAGAGUCGCCCUUUCCUUCAAAUCCCGAUGAAAAUGUUCCGAAGAAGAAGAAGGCAAAGAAGAAAAACAUUUGUAUUCGUCUUGAUGCUUCUUUCAAGAAGGACGUAAAAAAGUUUGCGAGACAGAAUUAUCAAAACUUGUCGGACGGCGAUUGUGGCGAUGGUAUCAAAAACCCAUUCCCAAAACAUGUUGUGGCUGACAAAUAUUGGGCUCAACGGCACCGCCUGUUUUCUCGAUUUGACCACGGUGUUCAAUUGGACGCAGAAAGCUGGUUUUCUGUCACACCGGAAAAAAUUGCCAAUCACAUUGCCGAUAAGGUGGUAGAGAAAUCAACAGCAGCAAAAUCAGAAGGUGGGCUUGUUGUGCUGGAUCCAUGUUGUGGAGCUGGAGGGAACUCCAUUGCCUUUGCAAAGCAGGCGGAGGUUUCUCUGGUUGUUUGCGUAGAUCUUGAUCCAUCCAAGCUCAAAUUGGCGGCACAGAAUGCAAAGAUAUAUGAGAUCCCACCCGACAAGUUGCUUUUUAUUUGUGGAGAUGUCUUUGAUGUGCUUGCUCAAUAUCUAAAUGGCAAACUCGUCAAAGCAAACGACAAUAAAGCCGGUGAUUUGACGACGGAUAUUCAUGGUUAUCGGCUCGGUGACGCCGACGCACUUCCUGAGACCAUCGGAUCCAUAUUCUUGAGCCCACCUUGGGGUGGGGUGAAUUAUGAAUCCAUUGGCUCCAAAAAGUUUGACUUGAAAUGCGUUCAAUUCAAUGGCGAACAAGAUGGCGAACAAUUGAUCGAGCACGCAGCCAGGGCUCUUCCACCAAAAACAGGGGCCAUAGCCUGCUUCUUGCCACGGAACACCAAUGGUUUUGAAGUGGGGUUGAGUGCAUUGAAAGUUGGAAUCUCUGGGACUCUGGAGGUGGAGCAGAAUAUGUUGAAUGACAAGUUCAAAGCCAUCACUUUCUACCUGGGAAAAGCCAAAGAGCACGUGUUACACCCCUCUUGA